GAAUACCUCAACAGCAUUCUCCAGCACGCUAAAGAUUUUAAGGAAUACCAUCGCUCCGUCACGGGCAAGAUCCAAAAGCUGACCAAGGCGGUGGCCACCUACCACGCCAACACGGAGCGGGAGCAGAAAAAGGAAAACGAGAGGAUUGAGAAGGAGCGGAUGCGACGCCUGAUGGCUGAGGAUGAGGAGGGAUACCGCAAGCUCAUCGAUCAGAAGAAGGACAAGCGCUUGGCCUACCUGCUGCAGCAGACGGACGAGUACGUGGCCAACCUGACGGAGCUG